AUGAUGAUAUUCAGCAGCGUAACGAUGAACAACAGCGUGAGGGCCAUCCACUUCACCACCUACAGCGUGAGGAUGAUCAACAGCGUGUGGAAGAUCAACUGCAUCAGGAUGAUCAGCAGCGCAAUGAUGAUCUACAGCGAGAGGACGAUCUACAGCGUGUGGAAGAUCAACCACAUGAGGAUGAUCAGCAGCGUAAGGACGUCCUUCAGCGUGUGGACGAUCAACAGCGUGAGGAUGAUCUACAUCGUGAGGAUGAUCAACAGAGUGAUGCCAAACGGCAGCCUGAAGACGAUCAACAGCGUGUGGACGAUCAGCAGCGAGAGGACGCCCAACAGCGAGAGUAUGUUCAACAGCGUGUGGGAGAUCUACGGCGUAAGGAUGAUCAACAGCGAGAUGAUCUUCAACAGCGACAGGAUCAUCAACCGCGUGUGGACGACCUACAGCGUGAAGACGAACAACAGCGUGAGCACGAUCAACAGCGCAAGGACGAUCAACAGGGAGAGGACGAUCAGCAUCGUCCGAGUGACGUACAUCGGCCAGGCGAGCAGCAGCGUGAGGACGAGCAGCAGCGAGGGGAUGUGCAACAACGUGUGGACGAUCAACAGGGCGAGGACGAUCAACAGGGUGAGGGCGAUCCACAAGGUGAGGGCGAUCAACAGGAGGAUGUCGAGAGGUAUAAGGAUUUUGUCUACAAGAUGA